GAGCAAUUGAUCAGUGCACAUAUAUCAAGUACCACUACUCCUCAGCGACAAUUCCCAAGAACCUCACCUACAACAUCACCAAGACGAUCCGCCAGGACGAGUGGCACGCCCUUCACCUGCGCAGGAUGACAGCUGGCUUCAUGGGCAUGGCUGUGGCCAUCAUCCUCUUCGGAUGGAUUAUAGGGGUGCUGGGAUGCUGCUGGGAUCGAGGCCUUAUGCAGUAUGUGGCGGGGCUUCUCUUCCUCAUGGGAGGAACCUUCUGCAUUAUUUCACUGUGCACGUGUGUGGCUGGAAUCAACUUUGAGCUGUCCCGCUACCCCCGCUACCUGUAUGGACUUCCUGACGACAUCAGCCAUGGCUAUGGCUGGUCAAUGUUCUGUGCUUGGGGAGGCCUGGGCCUCACUCUUAUCUCUGGCUUCUUCUGCACCCUGGCCCCUUCUGUCCAACCUGUCCCCAGGACCAACUGCCCCAAAUCCAGACCGGAGAAUGGGACAGUGUGCUAAAACAUAAAUAAUAUACAACUAUAUAUAUAUAUGUAUACAUAUACAUACAUAUAUAUAUAUAAAAUUAUAUAUAUCUCAAACUGAUGCCAGUGCCAAGGUAGAGCUGAGUCCAACAUGGCACCUGCAUCUCCACAGGACUGUGUGUUGCUUCAUUCUUUCUUACAGAGAUGGGAAAGCUUUUUCUGUAACAUGGCUCUUCCAUCCAGUUCUUAACUUCAGCAUCAUAAUUUAGCGGUCAAGUGAACAUACUGUUGCAUCUAUCUACUGCCACUGGGGGAGGGGAAAAGAGGGUAGUAUGGGAGAUCCGAAGCUUGAAACUGUUCUGGACAUGGGGAACAACCAAAAACUGUCAAUCUCAAACAGAAAGGAAAAUGCAAACAACGAGCAAAGCGACAAAUCAAACAUCUGAGUCACCUCUAGAAUGUAACCUCCUCAGGGCCAUUGUCAACUCCCCCUCCCCUUUUUUUUUAAGAGAAAAACCUUUUCCCCAUCAUUGUUUUUCUUUCUGCCUAAAACACAGAGGACAAAAUGGACAGAAUGCGGGGGAAAAAAUAGCGUUUUCUUUUUGCCUGCCAAACUUAGGACAAAACAAAAAAUCUAACGAAACAAAAAUCAAAACAACAACGACAACAAAUAUGAGGACACUUCAGCGGAUGCUCCAACAGUGCUGUUUUAAUCUUCCAGCUGCCUUACAUCCAGGCUUAACACAGAGGCUGAACUGCUAAGGUAGAAGCAGUAGGAGGCCUUUUGAAAAUGCUGUGAUACAUGUGUGUAUAUCUCUUUUUUCCCUUUUUUUUAAAGAAAAAUUUAAAACAUUACAAUGUGAUUGUCCUAUAAACCAUCCAUACUGUGUUUGUGGCCCAAGACUGAGGCACUGCAGCUACAGAAGUGCAAGGGAAGGCACCAGUUCUGAGACGGCAAGUCUCCUUUACUGGAUUUGUGCAGUGUUUGUAUUUUAAUGGAUCAUCGGAAAAUUUGGGAUUCUGGAUCAAAGGGAUGACCCAUUGGGGGAAGGGAGGUGGGGAGCUCUUGUGGUUGCUUUUCCUGGGUAUUUAUUUGACCGUGAUUUGUUUUAGUUUCCAUUUUGGAUAUUAAAGACAACUGGGCAAAAGCCAUUGUGGAGGAGAAAAGGGGAACAAGUCUCUGUAAGGGGGAAGGCACCUCUUGUUGUGUCCAUGUAUGCCAAAUAAGACCUUCCCACAUCUUGUCAUUGGAAACUGCCCUGUUUCACCGGACAUCUCCUAUUUCCAUUUGGGAGAACGAUCUAUACAGAUGGAAGAGAAUGGGUCAGAUGCAGUGAAUGAAAAUCCAUUUCCCAUGAGCUCAAGUCUUGUACGAUAUAGUUGUGAAUCCACAAUUGGAACGCUUUCUCUCUCUUUCUCUCUCUCUCUCUCUCUUUUGUCUUUCUCCUGAUCCUCCUUUCCUCACCACACCUCUUUCUACUCUGCCUUUCCCAUUGUGCAGGUCAUAGAUCCCAGAACAGUUAAUUUAACAGAUAAAAACAGUCAGUGAAGGCAUGUCAGCUAGGGAAGCAAAGAUACCACCUCUCACUGCAGCAGGUCUUAACACGGGAAGCGUAGCUCAGAGGAAGGCAUUGGCAGAAAUAGCAAUGGAGUAACUGAGGGGGGUCUCAAGAGGUUCUUAUUGAAUGAGCACCUGAAGAAGUGUAGAUAUUUUUUCUCAUGCAACUGACAGUUGUGUAGGAAGAAGAGAAAAUGGGGGGAAAAAUAACCCUGUUGCUAAUUAAGGGAUAGUUUUUGCUUCCUCUCUUUCAUAUAGUAGUUCACACACCACUAUUCCUCCCUAGUCAAUAGAAAACAUCCAGGGCAUCUAAACAGAAACAAAUGGGAGAAGGAGUCAAUUGGAAAGCGUUGACAU